CAAAUUCCAUAUCUCCGUAGUUUAUGAAAAUAUAAAAAUUUUACAUGUUUUCUUUUUCUGAAAGAAAUGUGUGAACAAGUGACAUUGGAAAUACAAGGUGUCCAAAUUUGAACUGCUAUUUUUAGCUUUGAUUUAAAUGUUUUCCCUCUCAGAAUAAGGUGUCCAAACCCACCCUAUCCACGGGCCCAACCGUCCUGCCGAGGCAGAAUUUUGGGGGAAUGCACUCCUUGUAUAUCUAAAAAACUUAAAUUAGAUAACUGUAUCUCUUCAGGGAUCAUAUUAUUUUACCCUACAAUAGUAGCCUCUAAGUAAUGAGAGACCAUUUCAUGUCCACACAAAACUGUCCCAACCGACCCCACUCUCCCCUACACACAGUUGGUAUAGUCCAAGUCAAAGUAUGAUCGAUGUUGUUUACGCAUCCCAUGUAUGAACUGAAGGGCGGUCACACUGUUUGUCCGUCCCAAAGCAGCCUUCAGGUGUGCCUAAUGCAAAUGUUAAAGACAGGUCACCUGGCACGGCUGGGUGUGCGAGCAGGCCUAAUAAGAGCCUUUUAAACGGCAAAGGACUACAGUAGAAAAUUACCCACGAGGGAUCACAUCACUUCAAAUGCGACCUACGUGUGUUAUAUCUUUGAUAUCUGUGUUUCCCCUCCUCAUGUGGGGAUGUGGAUGCACAGCGCGCUACGCAGCAAACUGGACCAGUCUGGAUGCCAGACCUCUGCCCCAGUGGUUCGACCAGGCCAAGAUCGGGAUCUUCGUCCACUGGGGGGUCUUCUCGGUCCCUGGCUUCGGCCAGUAUAGUGAGUGGUUCUGGUACUGGUGGCGGUCUGAAAGGCGCAAAGAAGAAGUGGAGUUCAUGCAGAGAAACUACCCGCCGGGCUUUAGGUACGCGGAUUUUGCGCACGAGUUUCGCGCGGAAUUCUUCGAUCCGGAUAACUGGGCAGAGAUAUUCAAAGCCUCUGGAGCCAGGUAUGUGGUGUUCACAUCCAAACACCACGAAGGAUUCACAAACUGGCCCUCAGCAGGCUCCUGGAACUGGAACUCAAUGGAUGUAGGUCCUCACCGGGACCUGGUGGGAGAACUGGCUGCAGCUGUCAGGAAGAGGUCACUGCGUUUGGGUCUGUACCACUCUCUGUAUGAAUGGUACCAUCCCCUUUUCUUGUUGGACCAAGCUUUGGGGUUCAAGACUCAGAAUUUUGUUUCCCAUAAGACUCUUCCAGAACUAGUGAACCUUGUGAUGGCGUACAAACCGGAUCUGAUCUGGUCUGAUGGGGACUGGGAAGCACCAGAUACCUACUGGAACUCCACCCAGUUCCUGGCCUGGCUCUACAACGACAGUCCAGUGAAGGAUGUCGUGGUUACCAAUGACAGGUGGGGUAAAGGCUGCUACUGCAAACAUGGAGGCUACUAUAACUGUGCUGACAGGUACACGCCUGGUAAACUUCCAGACCACAAAUGGGAGAAAUGCCAGUCCAUCGACACCCGUUCCUGGGGCUACCGAAGAGACAUGAAGCUAAGUGAAGUCAUGGACCUGCCGUCCAUCAUAAAGGACUUGGUAUAUGUGGUGGCAAUGGGUGGUAACUACCUGCUGAACAUUGGACCCAUGGCAGAUGGCAUGAUUGCCCCAGUGUUUGAGGAGAGGCUGAGGGGACUUGGUGCCUGGUUGGAGAUUAAUGGGGAGGCCAUCUACGCCUCCAGACCCUGGAGGGUCCAGACGGAGAACAGCACUGUCACUGUCUGGUACACCGCCAAAAACAAUACAGUUUACGCCAUAAUCCUCGGCUGGCCGUCCAAACAGCUGCUUCAGCUCACAGCACCAAGGACGUCUGGAGCCACAACAGUUACACUUAUGGACUAUCCUAACGUACCACUGAAGUGGGCACCAGUGACACCAGCAGCUGGACUGAUGAUUCUUAUGCCGUCUAUGCCAGUAUCUCCUGGAAAAGCCUGGGCUCUGAGACUGGAGGGAGUAGUGUAACGUCAGAGAGUUGUGACAAAGUCAAGUCAAAGGGCAUCUCUCGCACACUACAGUUUCUGUGUGUGCGUGUGUAUUUGUAAAUCAAGUGCUAUGGGCCUGAAGUGUCAAGGUCAAUUAUUAUUUACUGUGUGCACAGUAAUAUGAAAAGGGUGUGAAAAUGCAAAGCACCAUUUUCGGGUCAGUCACAGUGAGCCAUUUAACUCCCUCAGCUAUCUACUGUAAAGAUAUAUAAACACACACACACACUAUAUAUAAUCUCAAUCUGCCUUUGAGAAUUAGAAAUAUAUAUAUAUAUACUUACUGGGUCAGCUACACCGAAAUACGCAGUAACUGUUACGGACCAUUUUUAAUUUGAAGGCCUGACUUUUGGGGUGAAGAGCACCCAAGGGGAAAAAUACUUGCCUUAUUUUUAGAGGUAGUUGCAGACAAAGUUUCUUUGUGUAGCAGCUGGUACUUAAUCAUACAUGAGUUGGGUAUUUGGUUUUGCUUUAUAUCAUCAUAUGUUCAUAUUUUAGUUUGCUGCCUCUGUAUUUCCAGCAGCUUUAUGUUUUUGAGAGUCGGCGGCAGCGCCACACAUCUGUUUGUUACAGGUCGAAGGUGAAGUCAGGAAAUUAGGGACAUGUUGUGAAGAAGCUGUUAUGGAUCUCUGCAAUAUUUCUUUAGAGAACAUAUGUUGCCAAGUAGAAAUUGUGGACGUUCAAACACAUCAUGAACCCUUACCUCAUUUUGCUGACAUGUUCAGAUAAAAUAGGACAAUCAUGUUUGUUUUUAAAUGGUUGAAGCAAUUUAUUAGUUCAGUCAUUAAUUAAUUAAAUAAUUAAUGUAACCUAACUAUUCAUUAAAAAAAUA